UUAUUGGCAAACGUGAGCUCAACUUCGAGACUUGUGUCGUUGAUGUGCAUACUAACCUGGACAUAGCAAACGGAAAUCACUGCCAUGGCCACUAUAACGACGAAACCAGCCGGUGCAUUGGACCCGAGCGCGGACAUACAGGUGUCGUACGAGGACCAGCAGAAGAUAAAUAAAUUUGCGAGACAGAAUAUGCAACUGCAGGAGCUGAAUGAUGAACUAGAGCGAAACAAGAAGCAGCUGCAGAACCUAGAAGAUGCUGCCGAUGAUCUCCUGCUAGUGAUGGAUGAAGACGAGCUGAUCCCUUACAGAGUCGGCGAAGUCUACGUCAACCAGACGCUGACGGAAACGCAGGAGAUGAUCGAGUCUGCCAAGGCAGAAAAGCAGAAGGAGAUAGAGGAAAUAAAUCGCAAGUCUGCAGCAAUAAACGUGAUUCUGUCUGGUUUGAAAGUACAGCUGUACGCACGGUUCGGCACCAACAUUAAUUUGGAACCAGAAGCCGAUGAUUAGACUCAGGAACACUAUUAUUGUUUGUUGUGUGCUUGUAACACCAUUAUUGCAGUGUAAUAUAUCAGCUAUCCAUGUGCAAGUGA